GUGUGUGUGUGUGUGUUUGUGUGUGUGUGUGUGUGUGUGUGUUUAUGCAUCCCGAUAUAGGUCUGCACAGAGCUGUGGUGAUACUUUUGCCGAUGAAUCUGUUGUUGCUGGUAUUAGGUGGCAUCUGCACUCUCUUCAGCGCCCUCAUGUACAGCAGCUGUCUUCUCAAGGCCUCUGCUACAUACCUGCUUCUCUGUAGUGUGCUUACCCUCUCUGGCGUGAGUAUCUACGUCAGCUACUCCCAGCAGGCCCUCGCAGAGGUCCAGCGCACGGUGGACGAGGAGACGCUGUCUCUGGUGGACCCGUCCUUCGGCUGGUCUCUGACCGUGGCCUGCCUGUCGUUUGGCCUGCAGGCGGCCUGUGGGAGCGUCCUGCUGGUGGCUGCCGGGAUAGCCCAGAGGCCGGCAUGCUCUGCCAACCCCACCCUCCAACUACAGCAGCUGGAGAUGCAGCCCAGCACAAUAAUGUCUCUCUGAGGGACUCAACUCCAGUUGAGAGCAAAGACAUUGAUGGAGAAGAGGCAUGCUGUCAGCAUGGCUGUGGUUUCUGAAGAACACACCGCAAUGGACUCAGACGGAGUCAAAUCUAUAGAUUAUAUAUUGAUGUUGAAGUUAUUUCAGAUAUCACAUUGUCAUUAUUGCACUGAAUGAAACUUUUCCUCGCAACAAAGGAAAGCCAAGGGCACUGUUGUGAAGUUGAGGAAUCGAUCAUGGUGAUUGAAUAACAGGGAUAAACUUUUAAUUUGAUGACGGUGGAAUGAAGAACCAAAUGCCAAUCAACUGCCAUCUCUGAAGAAGCCAGUUAGGAUGCUCAUGUGUAUUUUUUCUUGUCAUGGUAGUUUGCUUGUAAUUUAAAUGUGUGAUUACCUCAUUUGAUGAACAAUAUGUUAUUCAAAGUGACCUUCAACUGUGUGCAUGCUUGAUAGCGUCUGAACCCAUCGACUCUUCCAGCACCAUACAUCAGGAAGGAUUGUUCAGUGGUGAUAUAAUUAUGCAUGAAAUGUCACUGAACAGAUAAUGGCAGUUGCAUUUAUCUAGAGGCCAUUGGUGUAAUUGUGUAUCUUAUUCUGUGUAAUUGGUCAGUUGGUACAGACACACGUAACUGUCUUUUUGCCUUUGCCCCCUCCUUCCUUCCCCCUCAAUGUUAUCCUGACCAUCCUACCCUUUUCCUUUGUGGGCCCUUUUUUGUUUGUUUGUUUGUUCUGUACUAUCCCAGUCUACACCACACUGGUUGCUGUAUCCGGCAUUGUUGAAUAAUGUGUGCGGAUUUUCGUU